UGGAGGUUGUCAAAAUCUGAUCUUAUAAUUUGUAAGUAGGUAUGAAAUAUUAAACUAUCUUAAAAAACAAUAUUCUGUGCUUAAAACUUAGAAAACAUUAACAUCUUUCUCAAAUAUUUUCACUUAUCUUCUGGAAAGAUUACAGUAUGUUAAGAUUUUCUUUAAGAGCACUAAACCCCUUACAAAACGUUGUUAGAAGAACUGCGUCCAUGACAGCACCUGCGAAUUCAACAACAGAAUUGGGUGAGGGUGGAAACGAGAGAAAAGCAAGAGGUUCUAUGGUUGCUGCAGCUUUCGCGUCUUUAAAAGAAGAACAGGUUUUAAAUAAUGAUACUUCUGAAAAAACUGAUUCUGUGACAGAAAAAAUCAUAAAUGCAAAAACAGUUAACGGUCUUCUUGGAGUAACUGAAACGCAGACAUCUCUUUCUAGGAAACAUGCACUUAAAGUAGUGUCUAUUUUAGCAGAAUGGAGUUCAAUUAACCGAGUUAAACUAAAUGAGUUUGAAAAUGAUCCUAGGUUUUUAAAAGUUUGUCGAGUUCUGGGUCGUACAGUAAAUCAAAAAAACAAUGGUAACAAUAACGUAAAUCAAAAUAAACGUGCAUCUGGUUUCAGAACAGAUGACUUAAACAUGGUACUGGGUGUUACUGGUGAUGAUGAAGCUGCAAAACUUAUAGCUAGUAUAAGUCCAAGCCAAAUGGUGAAAGUUAUGACUACAUUAGCUCAACGCAAAAGAAGGAGCACGCCUUUGUUAAGGUCUUUGGCUUAUAACUUAAGUAGUAGUUCAGAACAAUUAGAUUUAAAGCAAUGUGCCGAUGUUCUCUUCGCUAUGGCGUCAUUAAAUUUUCCAGAUUCUGUGCUUGCCGCAAAAAUUUGCUCUGAUAUUCAAGUGACGCUAUCAAAAAAUACCAAUAAAUCUGCAGUUGUUGGUUCAAUUCUCACAAGCUUAGGUCUCUUAAGGUACAGGGAUAUUGAUGUGUUAGAAUCUCUGUCAAGUUGGGUAGUUAGACACUACGAUGUCACAAGAAUUCAAGAUUUUAAUGCUCUGCUCUUAACGUUAGCAAUUUUAAAUUACAAGCCUUCGGAAAUUGAAAAACUUAAAAAUUUUGCUGCUCAAGUUACAAGGCAGGAUUUGACUAAACCAUUUGAUUGGCUUAACCAUGUUUGGACUCUAGUUUUGUUAAGGAUAGCUGACGCAAAAUUAGUUGAAUCCGUUUUAAGUAAUGACUUUAUCAAUGAGCUUAAGAAGGAAAAGUUCGGUCUCACUCCAAAUUUAAAAAUGAAACUUUUGAACGUGAAUGGUUAUGCACAAUUGCUGCUUGAGUCUUAUUCUGGGCCAUUAAUUCAAGAUAAUAACGAAAUAAAUGGUGUUCCUAUGGCACAUAACAAAUCAAAACAAAUUUUAAUUGAUGGUAUGCUUGAUGCUCUAAAAAGCUUAACUUCUAAAAAUGCCAUGAGUCUUGUCGAUAGCAAAAUGGGUUUCUUAAUAGAUGCAAAAUGCUUAUUUGAUUUUAAUAGAAAUCCCUUGCCGUUUGACAGUAAAAAACCAGAUGCUAUUAAGGUUGCAAUUAUGGUCGUAGAUUUUCAUGAUUUAUGUCAUGGUACAAAUAAAUCUCUUAAUGGUAUUAUGAACCUAUCAUUUGAUUUAUUAGAAAAACUUAAUUACAAAGUACUUCCCGUUCCUUAUCACGAUUUUAACAAUAGCGAUAAACUAUUAAAACGAGUACAGUAUUUAGAAGGAAAAUUUAAAGAAAUUGUAAAUAAAAAAAAUUAGUCAAUUAUUUUAAAAACUAGUGUUGUUUUUAAUUUUAAUUUAAUUUUUAAUAAAUCAAAAUAAUACAUACAAUUAUCGAA